AUGGCAUGUCGCAAUUCUUAUUUUAGAGUUCUGUAUCAGUUUUGGUUUUUCAACAAUAAAUUGCAUGUAAAACGCUCCGAGAGAGGCGACGACGCCGAAAUGUUAGCCGUAAUGAUAUGGUGCGGAAUAGCAACGACGCCGCUGGCUGGAUCAGAUGUGGAUCAGAUUGGAUGUUCAUGCCACCCGUGCUGGGCCCUGUAUACCGCUACUGACCUUCAUACCUCGUGGCAACUGCCGCUAGCCACCUGCAGUCACCGCCAGAAGUCGUCAACCGCCGCUAAAUGCUCUUGUUACCAGAAUAAUCCGACAUCAGCAGACUUUCGUUAUCCUCCGAUACCCCUUUUGGCAUCGGAGGAUAAUAAAUGGCAUCGGAGGAUAAUGGCCUGAUGUGCAGCUCGACUCUCUUGCAUCACCUUUUGCAUAUAUUUAUCUUACCUGGUUGGCGUGUUUUAUCUGAACC